AGAAAAUAUAUUUUUAUUUUAUUACGAUCAAUUUUCGAAUAUGCUGCAGUAUAAUAAUAUAUGAACAGAUCUUAUCGGCAGCCAUGAAACAGACAGUGCAGUAUUAUCAAUUAAAAGUAUAUACAAAUAUGCUCGCAGAAGUGUUACAACUGUAAGUUUUGUUCAAAAAUUUUACUUAUAUCUAUUGUUUUUGCAUUGAAAAUCUAUAGGUUGUUCCAUUGAGUAUAUAAAGUACGAAUUGGUAUACAUGAUGAAGUCACAGCAAACACUAUAACAAAGAAGUGUUAUUUUUAAAACUUACUGGCAGGACAGAGAAAGGAUAGUUUUGAUGAUAUCCUGAUCCAAUCCAUUUACAGUAAGCGCUAUCGUAAGAAUAUUUUAUCGACUUCUGAAUAUCUGCUUUUUACAUAAAUACAUUUUCAAUAAAAUUGUUUGGAUAAACAAAGCAUAUAAAAAAGGUAUUUUAUCGAUUGAAAAAUUACUUAAUAUACAAGAUGAACAGUUAUACAUGAUCGUCUUAUGUAGACAUAAUUAUCUGUAAUUCAAACUUAACGAUGAGACCAUUGAGAUAUUUAUAACAAAACUAAAGCAAAAAUAGUGUGGUAUGGCUUUUUUAAAAAUGAUCAAUGUGAUAAUAGGAAUAGUAUAUUAUGAUUUUAAAGUAUAUCCGUAACACCAAAGUGAGGUUACGUCACUACAGAUAAACCAACUCUGAGUUAUUGCCUUUUGUAGCAGUUUUCAUCAAGUUGAAUUAAUUUAAUUUUGGAGUAAUAUACGUUCGGAAUAGUUGUUAUUCGAUAUAGUAUACAGUAGUAGUAGUUGACUUUCGUGGUAGUUGUAGCUACCCUAAAAUACUAGUAUUGUAGUAUCUAUAACCGUGGUUAAAAUCUAACCUAUGAACUAAAUGUGGUCACGUUUUCCAUAUCAUUGUGUUACAUUUUGUUUGUACUUUUGAACUGACUACGCGUCUAGCAAUAGUUUAUUAUUUAUACCUAUUAUUUUUUUCAAAUGAAACAUUAUAAAUUACUAGUUGGCUAAUUUUACUGUGUAUAUAGUGCAAAAUAUGUUUUCAUUCAGAUUUUAACAAGGUAAUUAUAUUUUUAUUAGUUUCUUUUUUACAGGCGAAUUAGGUUAGUUUAAAUAUUUUCAUCACAGAAUACAUUUUGAUAUUGAUAUUUAAUCGUAUACAAACAUUUAGUUAUUUCCCUGUAGUGAAACGUUAAAAUACAUGUAUUAUCAUGCUAAACAAACUGUAAGUUUGACCAUCGAAGCAUAUUAAAAUGUAUUCUUAUCAAGUGAACAUUAAUCCAACUUUGUCAUCUUUUUAAUAGAAAUUUGUACAUUGUGAACCCUUUAAUUAGUAGGUAUAUGAUUGUGAUAAGUGUCAUAAUAAUAUAUUUACUAUUGGUUUAUUGAAAUUUUAUUUCCUAGUUUAAUUCAGAUAUGUGUUUUCGAAAUGAUUAUUUUCUUAUUUCUUAUUAAUAAUUAAUAAUUUUAAUAACAUUAUGCAUUAUAUCUUGCUAAUACAAUUGAAAUGAAAAUAUGUAAUUUGUUUCUUUGUUUCAAAGCCUAUAGAUAUGUUCGGAAAGAUCAAUUCCUUCUUGUAUUGUGCUCUUAUUAAUAUUGUUUACCUAGAUCUAUAGGUAUACUUAAUUUAAACAUAUAAUAUGUAUAAUCUGUUAUGAUGUUAGGUUAGGUUAGGUUAAUGUUAAAUCUGUUGUUUCUAUAAUUCGAAUGUGAAAGUACUUAUGAAAAACUUAGGUACCUGUGUCAUAUGCUAUUUAUACUGAAAACAUAUCUACAAUUUACUCCAUCUCGUUUAUGGUUUUUUUUUUUACAUCUGAAAACCACUCUUUUAACUGUUUUUAUGUUGCAACAAAUACUACAAGGUAACAUUUAGCAUAGUGAAAUAAUGUAAUAACUAAAUUUUAAAAUUUUGCCGCUUAAUGUGCUCGCUAAGCUAGUAGAAGGUUUAGUGGUCAAUUGUAAUAACUGCUCUAAAUGUUCUAUAUCGGCAGACUAUAUAUACCUAUAUAUUAAUUAUAUAUAUAUCAUUGCAGGCGCGGACCGGCUAAAUAAGGCAUGGGAUGUUAUAAUUUAUUAUUUAUUAGGGACAAUAGAUAAAUUUUCUUAAUGAAUGAGUAGGUAACUACUUUGUUAAUCCCUAAUUUUGCCGUACAGAGUCUAUUACACUCCAUUCAAAUUGUCAUGGCUAUAAAAUAUAUUUUUCAUAGUUUUAGAAUAAAACAAAACACAUCCAAUAACAAUUUUAAAUAUUGUUAUAUAAAAUAUUAAAAUAAUUUAUCUGAUAAAUUGUGAACUUGGGGCUAUAGAUACUACAGCAUCAAAAUAAACUAGUUUGACUGAUAGCAAAUAUCUACCACAUAAGAUCACACUGUCAACUUUAGUCAAUGUCCAACCCAUAUUUAUCGCCCAAGACAUAGGUCAUACAGUGUGAUCAAUAUUUGUGUUGACAGUAUACAACAAGAGUUUUGAGGGUUGAAGUGAAAGAAACAUUGAUUUAUUAAGUGUUGGUAGCAGGUUAUAUCAAAUUUUUACAUUAAAUUACUAAAAGUUUCCAAUUCCCUAUUGAAGGUUUGAUUUACAUAGAGAUGGCGUUUUUAUAAAGAAUUUUAUUUUAAUUAGGUAUAAUUUAAAUAAAAUUAUUUUUACUCAAUUUCAAGAUUUCACAAUGAGUGAUCCUGAAGAUCUGUUUUGGUCGUCUGAUAGCUCAGAAGAAAUGGAAGAUAUGGAAGUAGAUGUAUUAAAUGACUCAAUGGAAUCAAUAGAAUUUGAAACCAGUGGUAAUAAUUAUAUACAUUUUUUUUUUAUGCUUCAAACUUAAAUAUUUUUAUAAUUUAGAUGUCGAAGGAGAUAUUGCUAAUUUAAAUGAAGAUGAUGAUGAUGAUGAUGAUGAUGAAGAUGAACAAGAACAAAUUAUUGCUAAUUCAGAUGAUUAUGGAGAAGAAGAAGUUAUUGAUAACCAUCCGAUUGUACCUCCUUUACGAUCAUCUGCACGGUUAUCUGCACGAGCAUCUGCACGAUCAUCUGCACGAUCAUCUGCACGAUCAUCUGCACGGUUAUCUGCACGAUCAUCUGCACGGUUAUCUGCACGAGCAUCUGCACAGUCAGCUUCAAGAGCACCUGUUUCACCUAUUCGAUCACCUAUUCGGUCACCUGGACACCGUUCUCUCGAAGUAAAUGUUCAUACAGAUUCUGAUGAUUCAGUAAAUUCUACAGACUCAGUAGUAAGUUUUUUAUCUUAUAUAGUGCCAGUUUAUUGUGUUCUACAUAAUAUCUUGUAACAAUUUAAAUUUGAUUUCAUCAAUAUCUUUACUCUCCUUACAUUACUAUUAUAUUAGUAAAUACAAGUUUUUAUGUUAUAUGGAAACAAUUUUAAACAAAUGUUAUCCAGUAUAAUUCAGUCUGAAAAGAUAAAUGUCUUUAGAAUGUUUUCAAAUGAGAUAUUUAAUAAUUACUUAGAAAUGUAUCAAUGAAUAUUUGAAGAAUCUGACUCACAUAUUAAAAAUUGUUUAUAAUUGUUAUUACUGAAAUUCCAAUCGUCUUUUUCAUUACCUUCAUCCCAAGUAUUUAGGGUACAUCACCAGUGGCAGAUCUAGAAUUUUUUUAUAAUGAGUACUCGUUUGCUUAUAAUGGCCCUAAGGUACUUAUUUGUUAUUAUGAAAAAAAAAAAAAUGAAUAAUUUGGAGCUUAAAUUUGCUAGGAAAAUCAGUCUUGCAAUGUGCAUGUAUUUUUGAUGUAUUACAUAAAUAAUUCAAUAUAAUUAUUAAUUAACAUACAUAAUUGUAUCUAAAGAUUAAAUAAACAUUUUGUUAUUUUUUAAUGAGUACAUAAUAAUACAAUGUAUGUAAUUUUAUAUUUGAAUAGUGUACAGUUAGAUUGACCAGUCCUCAAAUUUCAUUCUCAAUUUUUUUUUUUUUUCUAGUAAACUCAUUGAUAAGUCAAUAUGUUUUUCUUUAUGAAUAUUUAAUAGAGCUAAGCUGUUCAGUCUAGACACAGUCAUUAUGAAAUGCAUGCGAUUUUUUAAUUUCCUCAAGGUAGAAAAUGACUUUUCAGCGGUUUCUGUAGAUACUAAAAACUUAGCAAAUAAUUUUAAGACUAUAUUGAUAUUUAGAAAAAAAUGUUUAACAAUAUGAGAGUGAUGUAACAGCAGUAUGAGAGAGGUUUGUUUCUAUUUCAUUCCAUUUAACAUUCCAAAGAUUUAUUUCUGCUUUUAAUACCAAUUCUGAAUUGAAAGUAAAUCUUGGGCAUAAAACAUUUCAGCUUUUAAUAAAGCCUCAAUACUGUAUAAAUUGGAAUGAGUCUUUCAAGUGAAAUAACUUGAGCAAAUUUAUCACUAAAUCUAGAUUUUGAAUAUUUUGCAAUAUUAACCAUAUUCUCUUUAACUGUCCUGCACUGUCAGCUGAUCACUUACAUCUUUUUUUCGCUGCUUUAUUCUCUUAACAUUCAUCUCGAUUCCCAUCACAUACUUAUAUCUCAUUUAUCUCUAGCUAUCAUUAAUAAAAUUGCUUGUAUAAAUUAAUGUAACCAUUAUGUAUAUUUUAAUUUUGUUUAAUCAAUGUAAUUAAUAGUUGAAACUACUUGUUUUAAACAAAGUUUUAAUAAAAAAAAAUUCUUGAAUAACGUGGUAUAAAAAUUGUUAUAUCAAACCAUUACAUAAGAUUUCUGUUAAUCUUGUCAUUAAUAUUAUUCUUCUUUGUUUGGUGAGCACUAAGUCAAGUUUUUCUAAUAAAAAUGUGUAGAACGGUGGGAGCUUCAGCACCACAAGCACCCCACCCCACCCCUUAAAUCUGUCACUGUCAGUCACCCUUAUUCUAAACUUCCUCUUGACCCAAUAUUCCUCCCAUACACUGGCUGCCCUUAUAUUAUUUUCAAUUGUGUCCAUCAUCUCUAUUUCAGUAAUUUCUUUUCCUCUUUCCUCUUACAUUUAUUUAAAUUAUUAUUAUUACUGCUUUAGAUUCCUCUAUAUCUCUGUCUUUCUCUUCUCUUAGUACUCCACUCAUCCCACUAAGCAUUCUCAUCUCUGUUACACUCAUUUAUUGUUUUAUUUUACUGUCUACCUCCUAACACUGAACCAUUCACCAUGGUUGGUCUCACAACACUUGUAAAACUUAUUUAAGUAAUUAGAAUCCUCUUAUUAUAUUAAUCAUAUGUUUCAUAUCAUCGUCAAAACCACCUUUCUUCUGUGCAAAAGAUCCUAGAUACUAAAAAAUUUCAACCCCCCUAUUAUGUUACUGCUUACUCGUGUUAACUGUCUUGCCCCGUCCCUUUAAAUACUGUUUCCAUUCCUCAAACCUAUUGUUAUAUUCUUUCAAUUUUUUUCCUAUCCAAGAUCUAUCAUCUGUAAAUAUACACCAUGGAAAGUCCUCUUAUCUGUUGUACCCACACAUGUCUUAGAUAAGACAAUCUGCCAAAGUGUCAUUUAGAAUUCUGUUGUCCUGAUAUAAUUCCAUUUUUCUCCUUCUACAAUAGGUCUCUAAUAACUUUCAUAUGACAUAGAGAUAUUAUUGGAGUAUUCUAAACCUUUCCUACAGAAAAAAUACCAUCAUAUGCUUACUGUAGUCACCCACCUAGACUUUUCAUCAGUAGGAGUUAAGGGCCUCAGGUUUGUUAAAUGCAUCAUAUGCCUCCCUAAGGUAAUUAAAUGAUUACUGAGAGCCCAAUAAUAUACAAAAUAUAACUUAAUUAAUAAUGUUUUUCUUUACUAUAUCUAAAAGUCUUGCAUACAACAAUCUAUGAUAUUAUACUUAUAUUAUUACAAUGUUUCAGGCUAUUGAAGUGAUAAAUCUAAAUAGAGAUUUUAUUAGUCUUAAUCAACCUAUUCCACAAAAUAUAAUUCCAUGUGUGGAACCUAUAGAUGCCCUACAACCUACAACAUCCAGAGAACCAUCGGAAAAUACUGUUAAUGGUAAAAUAUAAGUGUUAUAACUGAACUCCAAAAUGUGGUUAUUGUGCAAUUAGCUAGAUUACUUGGAUACAAUGUAUACUUGAUAUUGAUAAUCAUAAUUUUGUACUGUUCAUAAAAAAUUCUAUAGCAAAAAUUUAAAAUAAGCACAAAACUGGGCAUUUUUUCUAGCAGUAAUAUUUUCAUCAUUACCUGUUUCAUUAUUAUUUAUUAAUGUUUUGAAAAUGAAAUACGAAACAUUCUUUAUAAUUAAUAUUAAUAUUUUUAGUAUUUAAGUAUGCAUUGUCAUAAAACUGGGCCUAACAUGGUCUGAUAACAUUAUAUAUUAUUUAGCACUGAUGUUUCAUCCUACCCCUCUUUUUUUAACUAUAAUAUACAAUUUAAAUACUAAAGUUUACAGUCUAAAAUAUAGUUAUUAAACAUUUGAUUUUACAAUAGAAUACAUAUCCUAAAUAAUGUGUUUAAUACUAAAAUAUAAUAAAUAUUAAUUAAUAAUAAUGAAACAACUGACUGGCUCAUUACUUAUACUCGUUUAUUUAGAUACAAUAAUAUUUAAAUGUAAAAGAUAACUUCAUUAAAUAAUAUCUUUACCUGACAAAAAUUAUUGUUUGUUUGUUAUUUAAUUUUUUAAAUUUUUUAUUAAAGCUUUUAGUCAAAACUAUUAAGCCCAAUAAUUAUAGUUUAUAAUAAAACAAAUAAAAAGUACAAAAUUUAGAUAACAAAGUCCAGUCUUGAGGAUAAAAGAGAUAAUUAGUGUAAUAACAUGUUAAGAGUUUGAAUUUGAUAUUUAUUGACAAAUAUUAAAUUAUACCUAUUUUAUCUUGAGAGUAGGUACCUAUCUAUUUAAGUAUACAACUAUACUGUCAGUUAAUAAAAUUUAGAUGUGUUCAGAGUAAAAUAUAUGUUUAAAUUUAUUAUAAUUAUGCAUUAGUUUCAAGUACCUACAUUCUUCUGUACUAAAGUAUAUGAAAUAUAGGAUUAAGUGUGGUUAGAUAAAGUGGAAAGAAGAAUCUCGUGCUUUAUGUGACAAGAGAAAUUCCAAAGAAAUUAAGGUUAGUUCUACAAAAAUAUGGCAAGAAUAUGAUAAGACUAAGAUUAUGUUGUAGUGUUGGAUGGUAGACAGAAAAAUAUAACAGAGUAUGAAUUUAGUAGAGAUGUGAAUAAGUAGAGUAAUUAGAGAAAAAGGAUAAUAGGUAGUUUAGGUGUAACUUUGAUAGAAAAUAGAUAGUUGGUUUGUGAUUAUUUGGGCAUGUCAUGAGGAGAAAGGAAUCUGCUAUGAAAGGUAUUGCAUCUUAAUUCUCAAGAAAUAAAGAAUUGUUUGAAACUUUUUUAAAAAGUCUGGCACUGAUUCAUUUUUUUCUCAUGAUUUAUUUAUUAAACAUAGCUAAUAAAAUUUUGUUCUCGUUGGACUUUUUUUCAUCUAGUUAUGACAGUUUUAAAUUUAAUACAUUAUUUUUAAGAAACACUGUGCACAUUUGCCAAUUUCAAACUUUAGCAGCAACAGUAACAUAUAUUUUUUAAAUUUAUAAACAAUAUUUAUUUACAAAAAAUAUCAAAAUAUAAUUAUUUUGAAUUAAUUUGUAUUGUAAUAAAUUUACAGUUAAUAGAGAUGUAUCAUGCAUCAUAUGCUUAGAAGAUUAUAACAAUUCUGGUUCACAUAAACCUGUUUGUUUAAAAUGUGGUCAUAUUUUUGGAGAACAUUGUAUAGUGAGAUGGAUUAAGGUACAUGAAUUUUUUUAUACAGCUAUUUAUACUAAAAUGAAUACCUUCUGAUGUUGUCUUUGUAUUUAAUAGAAUGGAUGUAAUAAUGAUGCAAGAAGAUGUCCAACAUGUAACACAAAAUCAACUCUAAAAGAUAUUAGAGUUUUGUAUGCCAGUAAACUAAUAGCAGUUGAUACAGCUGAACUAACUAGUGUUCAAAAUGCACUUGAACAAGUGAGAACAAUAAAUUAAUUUAAGUUAUGAUUAUAGUUUAAUAUAAGAUUAAUAAAUAAAUACCUAUUUAACUUUAGUAAUAUGUGAUUUUUAUCUUUAGCUAAAAAUCUGUCACAAUAUUAUUAAAUUUGAAGUAUAAUUGUAUAAUAAUAUUUUAAACUAAUUAAAUUAAAUAAAUUCUAUAUUUGAUAAAAAUAAAAUGUUUUUGUAGGAAAAAAUUGAAAAUAGUGCAAUGAAAACUGAACUUAAUCAUAUUAGAAUGAAACAUAGAAAUUUGAGGGGAGAAGUUACAAGAUUAAAAGUCCUUGUUGAUAAACUGGUAGCUGGUAUACCAACCACUAGUUUUAGUCCAACUUCAAGCCGACAAUGUCUAAAAAAAGUGAAAAUAAAUGGUACAAACCCAGACUGUAGAGUUAUAGCCUUCAAUAAAAAAAACAUGUUGUUAGUAAGUAUAUUGGUGUAUAGGUACUUAACCGUAAUUAGUAUUUUUAUCUUUAAAAAUGUUAAAUUAUUGUAAAUUUCAUUCAAUAGGUAGUAUCGCAGGGAGGAGAAGGACCAUUUGCUAGUUCCUAUGGAAUCAGGAAGUUAAAUGCUUCAGUGCUAGAACCUACAAAAGAGUAUAUCUUACCACACAAAAAACAAUUACGUGAUAUGUCUUUCCAUCCUAUAGACGAUAAUCAAUUGGCUACAGUUAGUUUGGAUAAAUGUGUUUGUCUUAUUGAUGUAUUAUCUAACUCAGUAAUUUCUAAUGUGGAAGGUAAUGAUGUUUUAAUUUAUUAUUUCAUUACAAUUUUAUUUAUUUACAUAGUUUUAAACAAUAUUUACGAAUUUAUUUCAUGAUUUAUUUUUUUGGUUUUAUCAAGUUAAUAAAAAUGUAAACCAUUAUAUAAACAAAAUCUAUAACAUAGAAGGGACUCCACUUCCUUGGAAGGUUUCUGGUUAUGCCACUAAAUGAAAUAAAUAUAUAUUUGAUCUUCUGAUUUUAUUAUUGUAGUUAACGACAUUAAUAAAUUAAUUUUGGAUUAUUACUAUCAUUUAAUAGCAAUAACUUGCUAGAUGAUAUUAUUUACGUUGUUUUGUUUUGUAUUUAAGAAGGCUUAGCAUUUAGUUAGGCUCGUAUUCAGUGUUUAGUUAUUAAGUUAGUACUUACCUAUUAUCAAAGCUAUCAAUAUAUUUAUAUAUUUUAUUCCCUUAUGAAUUUUAUUUGUAAAACUUUUACACAUUAGGUACAUUAUUUAUAAGGACUCAAUUUUAAAUUGCUGUGAACAUUUGUUUGAAUUUAAAUAACCUAUAUCAGAUUAGAGCAUUCACAUUGUAAACCUAUUAAAUAAAAUCCACAAUCAAUCAUGCAUGUUUAGUUUUAGGCGUACAUUAGAAAAAUCCUCUAAAAUUAAACACAAUAUUUUGAUUAUAUUAGUCUUUUUUUGAUUGGAAUUUAUUUCGGGUUGUUAUCGCUCAUCAAAGUGGUGUGAUUGGUAAAUAAAAAGCUUAAUAGUAGUUUACCCAAUAUUUCAUUAAAUAUUUAGUCCAAUUUUAGUGUUUUAAUCAAUAUCAUAAAUACAGUUGUUUGUUUAAAUUAAAUUUGUAUGAUAAAUCAUUUUCUUGACAGCUAAUUAUUUAAUAACAUUAUAACUAAUAACAAAAUUAGAACUAUUAUGUAUUCAAAGCUAAAGAAUAAAAAACUAAUAAUUAAGUUAACUACUAUAGUCAUCAUAUAUUUUUACAUGGUAAAACUAGGCCAACUAUUAGUGCUAUUAAUUAUAGUUUGUUUAUAUAUUAACUGCAAUUAAUUAAAUUAUAUCAUGCAAAAAUAAAUAAACAACAAUUCACUAGACACGCUUCUUUUACAGCAGCUGUGUAUACAGUAUAGCACCGAGUUCCAACCUUAGUAGAAAACCUUGGGUCUAAUUUUGUCUAAUUGGUCUAUAUAAGAGAUUAUUUUUUAGUUAUCUUAUAAGUUCGCUUAAUAAUUGGGUGUAACUGGAUUAUUUAUGGUAAAAUGAUUUCUGUUAAUUUGGCUUUUCAUUUUAAUUCAAUUAAAAAUAAUUAUUAAAUUCUGUAAUUCCCAUAGAUUAGUUAUAUUUGUCCUUUUUAAACUUCUAGUCAUUAUUUGUUUUUUUUAUAAGUGUUUAAAUUCAAAAUUUAAUGCAAAUUGAAAAAAGGAUGAGGCAUUCUAGAUUCCGAUUUGUGUAAAUAAAAAAUUGUUUUGCCUAAAAAUUCUCAAAAGUUAAAAAAAAAACACAAUUUAAUUUAUUUUUAAGUUAUAAAUUAAUGCAAUUUUAAAAAACAAAAUAAACAAACUCUUCCCAAAAUCUUUUUUUUUUUUUUUUUUUUUUCAAUGAUUUAUUGUUGCGUAAAGAUAAAAAUAUCAUGUCUCUGAUAAGUACUAAGUAUUUUAUUAAUUAUGUAUUAUCAUUUUUAGUUGAUGAACCAUUGUGGUGUUGUUGCUGGGAUGGUAAUAAUACCAAUUUAAUUAUUGCUGGUGGUCAAAUGGGUUCAUUAUAUUUUUUCGACCGAAGAUAUAUGCAACUAUUAAACCAACUCAACAACCGAAAUCCAGCUUGUGUUUCUCUUUCUCCUAUUCCUUUAGAUGCAUCUAGGUCAUUUCCCAAUGGAGGGUUUUUGAAAACCAGAAUGGACCAUUUGUCUAUAUUUGAAGAAGACAAAACACAACCAUUCAGUUAUAAAGAACAUAAUUUGCCAUUAAAGGGUAAAUGGAGUAAUUCUGUGUAUGAUAUUGAAUCAAAUCUCUUGCUUACAUCUGCUAAACCCUGUGGUGCCAACAAGUCUAUCAGACAUAUUGUAUCUAAAAUAUCAAAUUUAAAUGAAGAAGGACCUACAAUACAACCAGUAGUGACAUUUUACGGUUAGAUUUUCAUAAUUAUUAUAUGUGUUAAUGAUGUAAUUAAAUCUGAAUUUAGUUCUUUGCCCAUUUAGAGAUGUAAUUUUUGUUUUGUUUUUUUUUUAACGUUGUUUGAUAAUAGAACUAUAAAGAAUGAUGGAUUUUUAAGUAUAAGAUAAUAUCAUCUAUUAACCUUUUUCAGGUGGGAACAAGAAUACACAAUUAACGCGUUCAUGCUUUGUACCACCUAAUGAUAAUUACGAAAAUGUAUUAGUAUGUGGUUUUGAUGAAAAAUCAAAAGCAAUAAAAAUAUUUGAUCUCAAUACAAACACAAAUGUUCACAACUUUUAUGUAGAUGAAAUAUUCACAGAUAUGUGCCAUAUGAAUCCUAUGUCUAUGAAUGGUAGACGAACAAUAGCUGCUUUAUCACAUAAUGCUGUUAGUAUAUUUGCUGUGUAAACUAAUGGUUAUGAACGAUCAUAUUCUUUAUUUAUGUUUACAUACAUUUAAAUUAUAAUUUUUUUCUUUUUUUUUAAAUUCACAUCUAAGACUUAUCUAAAUAUUAUGAUUUUUGUACAAGUUUUAACACCUUGUUAUUCUUCUACUUAAAUGUUUUAUAAAUUAAAAUUAUAACAGAUAUUGUAAUAACAGAAAACAUCAAUAAUUAUUGUGUGUUUUUUAAUUAAGUUUAUAAAUAAGACUGUAAUAUGUGUAGUGGCUACCCUCCUACUUUAUCAUACACGUUUAUAAUAACAUGAAUUUUUAGUUUUAUUUGAUUUGUAUUUAGAAUUUAAUAGUUUGUAUCUACAAAUUCUAGCUUAACCUGCGCUUAUAUCUAUCCAAAAUUUAUAUAAUGAGAUUUAAAUAAAAUAAAAAUAUUAUGUACAAAUAUAGUGAUAUGAUUAUUAAAUUCUAAUUGUAAAAUCAAUCAUAUAUAAUUAUUAAGUUUUAUGCUUAAAAUACAAACAUACUAUUGUUUGUAAUGUAUUAUGUAUAUGUAUUAUAUAUUAAUUUUUUUAAUUUUGAUCCGUUCU